AUGGACCCCAACUGCUCCUGCUCCACCGGCAGCACCUGCACCUGCUCCAGUUCCUGUGGCUGCAAAGACUGCAAGUGCACCUCCUGCAAGAAGAGCUGCUGCUCCUGCUGCCCAGUGGGCUGCUCCAAGUGUGCCCAGGGCUGCGUCUGCAAAGGGGCAUCGGACAAGUGCACGUGCUGUGCCUAA